AUUAGCUUGUUUCGGCUCUCAUUAUAUUAUGUCAUCUUCAUCACAAUUCAAUUGAAUCACAAUCAUUCCCAUUAUAUAAUUGAAAUCACUUUCCGCUCCCAGACUCCUAACCCUAGCGGUUAUUCAUACUAUGAAUUGUUAAGCAAAAUUCUCAAUUUAUCAUAAGAAGAAAUGGCGUCUUGGAAUUCAAGUUAUAUGGAAGUACUAUACUACGUUUUGGGAUGGAUUUCUUUUUGCGCAUGGGCAAUUUGUUUCUAUCCACAAGUCAUCUUAAAUUUCCGAAGGAAAAGUGUAGUGGGACUAAAUUUUGAUUUUGCGGUGUUGAAUUUGACUAAACACACUUGUUAUCUGGUUUACAACGCCUCUCUCUUCUUUAGCUCCACCGUGCAGAGACAGUACCGUCAGAAAUAUGGCUUUGACCAGAUGAUACCUGUGGCAGCCAAUGAUUUAGCUUUCUCAAUUCAUGCUGUUCUGUUGACUUCUUUAACCUUGUUUCAAAUAGCCAUUUAUGAUCGUGGAAAUCAGAAGGUGUCAAAAGCUACUAUUGCAAUUGUUUCGACAGCAUUGUUUUCAGCUGCAGUUUGUGUAUUUGUUGCUAUGCCUAACCAUUCCUGGCUUUGGCUUGUCUCCUGCUUCAAUACACUGCAGGUUAUUAUGACAACCAUCAAGUACAUUCCCCAGGCCUUCUUCAACUUUCAACGUAAAAGCACGAUUGGAUUUAGCAUUGGCUAUGUUUUGCUUGAUUUUGUGGGAAGCACAACAAGUUUUUGUCAAAUGACUGUGGAAUCCAUAGAUCAAAGGUCCUGGGUGAACUUUUACGGCAAUAUGGGCAAGAUUAUGUUGUCUUUGGUGUCUCUCUUCUUCGACAUUCUCUUUAUGUUACAGCAUUUUGUGCUAUAUCGUUCCAAGAAUAUGGCAAUUUGCCUUAGUACAAAUGCAGAAGACAAGGCAUCACUACUUGAAACCUCUGAUCCUCACCCACAUCCGGAUCACGUAUAGUGAAUGGCACGGCUCUUGAUAUUAAUGUCUGGAACACCAAUUUCUUUAGCAGUGCUUUUGCUGUAACACAUUUUGAAGCCUGGGAAGGAAUUUGGGAGGGGAUGGGCUGGGCUGGGCUGGGCUGGGAGAAGAUGGGCAUUUUGAAAUAUCGUUUUCCUAAUGAAGAAUGGGAAUUUUAUCCUUGUAAAUUAUGUCAUGUGCGAUUUGCGCAAAGAUUUUCUAAUGAAGGCAAAUGAUAAG